CUUUGGAGAGGGCGCAGAAGAGGUUUACCAGGACACUGCCUGGAUUAGAGGGCAUGAGCUAUAACGAGAGGCUGGACAAACGUGUUGUUUUCUCCAGAGCGGCGCAGGCUGGGGUGAGACUGGAUGGACGUUUAUAACAUUACGAGAGGAAUAGAUAGAGUGGACAGACGAUAUAUUUUUCCUGGGGGUUGAAAUGUCUAAUAUAUUUAAGGCGAGAUGAGAUGUGAGCGGCAAGUUUGCUUCUUUCCACAGACUAAUGAGUAGCUGGAGUCUCUGCCUGGGGGAGGGGGGAGGUGUCGCCAAUCCUGACACGUGACCCCGUUUGCCCCUCCCAUUUAACCGCAGAUGGGCAGCAUCUGCGCGUGUUUCCGAGGCCCCGCCUCCCGAUGAUGUAACAAUCUCUUCGCGCAUGUUCACAGUCUCCGGGUGGACGGUGUUUUCCUCUCCGCUCAGAGCUGAAGUGGGUCGGCUGUGUGUUCGGGAAAGACUUUCGUCUCUUCCCUCGGGAUCACUAUCUGCGGGCCGAAGAUAUCACUUUCCCAUCGUUAAACCUGCGGUGAGAGAUUUAUUGGAAGAAAACGCAUGACUGAAGAUGAGGGAACAGCAACAAGUGAACCAGCCCGAGGAUUGAGAGCACUGACUGGAGAGAACCCAUCUGACUCGGAGUUUCCAGUGAUUCAGUCAGGAGAAAGUUUGGUUAAAAACUGGAAGGAAUAUGUCUCCAGGAACCUCAAACAAGGCACAACAAUUUUCUUGUCUCUGUCUAGAUAUUUAAGAAGUGGAGCAAGGGAUUCAAUCGACCAUCCUUCCUGCUCAGACUGUGGGGAGGGAUUCUCUUGGUCAUCUGACCAACUCGCAAGCCGGGCAUUUUACACAGGAGAGAGGCCGUUCACCCGCACAGACAGUGGGAAUCGAUUCACUCGGUCAUUUCAACUGAAGGUACAUCAGCAAGUUCACACUGGGCAAGGCCAUUCAUCUGUUCUGUGUGUGAGAAAGGAUUCUAUCGGGCAUCCCACCUGCGGACAGACCAGUCAGAUGACACUGGGCAGAGCUGGUCAUCUGCUGAAUUUCGGGGAAGGGAUUCUUUCAGUCAUCUGACCUAAUGGCACACCAGCGUGUUCACACGAGGGGGCGGCCAUUCACCUGCACAGUCUGUGGGAAGGGAUUCACUGCAUCAUCCAACCUACAGAGACAUCAGCGUGUUCACACUGGGGAGAAGCCAUUCACCUGCUCAGUCUGUGGGAAGGGAUUCACUCAGUCAUCCCACCUACAGAGUCAUCAGCGAGUUCACACUGGGGAGAAGCCGUUCACCUGCUCAGUCUGUGGGAAGGGAUUCUCUCAGUCAUCCAACCUACAGAAUCAUCAGCGAGUUCACACUGGGGAGAAGCCGUUCACCUGUUCAGAAUGUGGGAUAGGAUUCACUCAGUCAUCCCAACUACUGGCACAUCAGUCAGUUCAUAAUGGUGAGUGGCCAUUCACCUGCUCAGUCUGUGGGAAGGGAUUCACUCAGUCAUCCAACCUACAGAGUCAUCAGCGAGUUCACACUCGGGAGAAGCCAUUCACCUGCUCAGUCUGUGGGAAGGGAUUCACUCAGUCAUCCCAACUACAGAAUCAUCAGCGAGUUCACACUGGGGAGUGGCCGUUCACCUGCUCAGAAUGUGGGAAAAGAUUCGCUCAGUCAUCCACCCUACUGAGUCAUCAGCGUGUUCACACUGGGGAGAGGCCAUUCACUUGCUCAGUCUGUGGGAAGGGAUUCUCUCACUCAUCCACCCUACAGAGACACCAGCGAGUUCACACUGGGGAGAGACCAUUCACCUGCUCAGUCUGUGGGAAGGGAUUCACUCAGUCAUCCAUCCUACGGAGUCAUCAGCGAGUUCACACUGGGGAGAAGCCAUUUACCUGCUCAGUCUGUGGGAAGGGAUUCACUCAGUUAUCCAGCCUGCAGAGUCAUCAGCGAUUUCACACUGGGGAGAAGCCAUUCACCUGCUCAGUCUGUUGGAAGGGAUUUACUCGGUCAUCCAUCCUACAGAGUCAUCAGCGAGUUCACACUGGGGAGAAGCCGUUCACCUGCUCAGUCUGUAUGAAGGGAUUCACUCAGUUAUCCAGCCUACAGAGUCAUCAGCGAGUUCACACUGGGGAGAAGCCAUUCACCUGCUCAGACUGUGGGAAGAGUUUCACUCGGUCAUCCCAACUACUGGCACACCAGUCAGUUCAUACUGGGGAGAAGCCAUACACCUGCGCAGUCUGUGGGAAGGGAUUCUCUGAGUCAUCCAGAUUACUGAGUCAUCAGCGAGUUCAUACUGGGGAGAAGCCAUUCACCUGCUCAGACUGUGGGAAGGGAUUCACUCAGUCAUCCAAUCUACAGAAUCAUCAGCGAGUUCACACUGGGGAGAAGCCAUUCACCUGCUCAGUCUGUGGAAAGGGAUUCACUCGGUCAUCCCACCUACAGAAUCAUCAGCGAGUUCACACUGGGGAGAAGCCAUUCAUCUGCUCAGAAUGCGGGAAGGGAUUCACUCAGUCAUCCACCCUACUGAGUCACCAGCGAGUUCACACUGGGGAGAAGCCAUUCACCUGCUCAGUCUGUGGGAAGGGAUUCACUCGUUCAUCCACCCUACAGAGUCAUCAGCGAGUUCACACUGGGGAGAAGCCGUUCAGCUGCUCAGUCUGUGGGAAGGGAUUCACUCAGUCAUCACAACUACUGGCACACCAGUCAGUUCACAGUGGCGACUGGCCGUUGUUAUGAAUCCCUGGGUUUCGUUUGCUGUGGACUGUUAUUUUAAGAGAGAGAGAGAUUAGGAUGCCGAUUCAGUCUGACUUGCAGCUUGUUUUCAUUGCUUGCAGCUUGUUUAAUUUUAACCGAGGACACAGACACUCAGAGUCAGACGGAGACAAAGGAGGAAAAAUGGAAGGAUCGAAACCAGGGAACUAGUGGCCAAGGGUCACUGUUUGGAACUUUCCUAUGCCCAUAAGGAUGGGUUAAUUAUUGAUUCACCGUACAUCGAAUGUGUGGUUGUCACCUCAUUUGAUCCUUAAGAGUGGAUCGGAUUUGGCGCAUCCUGUGGAGACCACUUAUGUAUUAACCCUUGCCUGGCUGUGGUGUGGUAGUUCACGAAGACGAUACUGCUUGUGACAAGUCACUUUCGAUGAUAAUUUGUAUGUGGAUUUGGAAUGAUGAUGUACAAAAUCUCCAGCAACUGUUCUCUCGUUUUACCACCGUGGAACCUGUGCAAUUCUACAUAUUUGACUUCUCUCGCCAUUUACCCUGGAUUAUAAGUCUCUCUCUCUCAUCGCCUAUUCUGUAGUUGAACUGAACUUUAAUACUUUACCAUCUCAAGACUGUAAGCCUUGUUUCCCCCGAGCUCAAUAGUUUGGGAGUUAUAUUUACACACAU